UGCUCUGCUCGCCCUGGCUGGCCAUGGCGCUGGAGGCGCGUUGGAGCUACCGGGGGGACCCGCAGGAGGGGCAGAGCGCGCCGCUGGUUCUGUUUUCAAAUGGGAAACUGAAAAGUUGUGACAACAUGAACUUCACUUUGUACAAGAGCAAAGAUGCCAGUAAUCCUAGAAAGAAGCAUAAAAGGAUUUUGAAUGCAGAGACCGACAGGCUUUCAUAUGUAGGAAAUAAUUUUGGCACAGGAUCCCUGAAAUGCAACACCUUAUGCCGAUACUUUGUUGGGGUGUUUGACAAGGACUCUGGAGAAAUGGAAGUCUACAAUGCCGAGUUAUUCCACAUGCAGCCAUUGGUUUCAGAUGAUGCAGCAGAUGAAGACCUGUCAGAAUAUUUGAAUAAAACCUACAGAGAGAAGGUGGAUCUGUGUAUUGAGGCCUUUGGGACCAGCAAACAAAGGAGAGCCCUGAGCUCACGGAGGAUGAACGAAGUCCGGAAGGAGGUUUUAAACAAGGCCGUGGCUAAUGCCGCAGAAAACAUUAUUGAGACAAAGGGUGUCGCUGCUGUGGUCAGUGAUGCAACAGAGGAUGACAAAGCAGACGUCUCCUUGGUCCUUCCUCCAUGCCAUGAGGAUGCUGACAGGCUGGAAGAUGUCUACAAGUUUGAGGAUCUUCUUCUGCCUGCUGAAUACGAGGCUCUAAAAGCUCCAGCCAUGGCUUUUGUGAACAUAACUUCGGAGGAGAUCUUGAAGCUGACGGAAGAGAAAAGCCACUGUUCCUUCGUGUUGGAUGAACUGAAGUGUCUGCCUGUGGAGGAGAAGAAGCGUGACCGCAAGGCCCGAUGCCUCUGGUUUCUUGAUAGUCUUGUCAAGCUGAGCUUCCAACGAGUGGUUAAACAGAAAUAUGCAGUGGGGCCUGACUGCCCACACAUCAUCAGCAACAAACUAGUGAAAAAUUUCACAGCACUCUCCUAUGGCAAUGGCAGGCUUCAGAAUUUGGUUUCUGCUUCAAUGAAAGCGAAGAUAACCGCUUACAUCAUCGCCCUGGCCUUGCAUAUCAACAACUUCCAAACGGACCUAACAGUGUUGCAGAGGGAUCUGAAAUUACGGGAAAGCAGGAUUCUUGACAUUGCCAAAGCUAUGAGACUAAGGAUCACCAAGAGCAAAGGCCUGGCUGAAUGUGAGGAACACAAACUGGGCACCCUCCGCCUGCCCUUACCAGUCUACAAAAUGCCGACGGGCCACAGGAAACGCAAAAUGAAGUAAUUGUCAGCUGAGGCUCCUGUUGACAGGUGACAGCCUUUGUUGUACAGUGAAGGAGAUGCUGAAAGAAGGGCUCAGUCUUCCGAUUUCUGCCUCUACCUCAGAAGCUGUUGAUUUUGUAACUCCACCACUUGGUCUCUGUGGAUUAGACAGGCUAUUGCUGACCUUAGGGAAAGGACUGGAGGGGAAUUUGAUCCUGGGGGAAACAGCAUUUUGCUUAUUCCCAUAGUGCACAUUAACAACAGGGAACCACAUACAACUUCCUUGUGUUAUGUUUAACUGCUGGUAUCCUGAAAGUGUGAACUACAGCAUCAGAAAAGGGGUAGCCAGGGGCAAGUGUAAAUUAUUUUAGUUAUCUGUAAAAUAAAUUUGAAGCGAGA